AUGGCGGAGCAUGAGAAGAGGUCCUGCGCAGUGAGGCACGGGGUUUUCUCCCCGCGUCUGCACGGAGUAGGUGGCCCUCACAACACAGGUGAAGGUUUGGUUCAGUUUGAAGAACAUGAAGAGGAAGAGGAGCAGCGCUUCAUCACCAGUCGCUCCGUGUUCAACAAGGUGAUUGGUCGAGCGACAACCUAUAAGAGACUCCUGUUGACCAUAAAGACAGCGUACGAGGAUUUCAUCAGUGAGCUGAAGAGGAGGGAGGAUGAAGACAAGAAGGCCCAGCGAACUGUGGCUUCCUUAACCUCACUUCCAAAAUCAUUAGUGACCUGCCAGAGAUUAGCCGAGCAGCUGAGGGUCAGGAUCUCACACCUUCAGAGUGAAACAUCAAACCUUCUGGAGGAGCAGAGGAGACAGAAAUCAUCUGAAGGGCAGAGAACAUGGAUUCCUGGUUUGACUGUUGCUGAGUCUGAGGAUCCUGAGGCUCUGGACGAGCACCUGAGGCGUCUCGAGGCCCAGAGAGCUGCUCUCCUGGACAGGAAGAGUCACUGCGUCUCUCUGGAGGUCAAAGCUCAGCUGCACGUCGAGCUGCAGAGCGUUGAGUUCCACAGGGAAGAGCUGAGCACAGAAAACCAUCAACUGAAAAUUCUAUACAAGCGUCUCAGAUGCGUGUGUGACCAAUUGUCUCGCUGGGAGGAGGAGGAGGAGAAGCAGGUUCCGCUGGAGGAACUCCUGGGUUCUACACUGGAGAACAUCAGACAGACCAGCGUGACGAACGAUGACGACGAUGAUGAAGAAUUGUUUGAGACAGAAGAGCCGACUGGAGUCAACGGGUCCGAACUCGUAGCAGAUCACCUGGACAGGUUCAUUGAGCUCUUUGACUCGGCUCAGUAUGAGGACGCUGCUCUCGUUGCUGCCAGAUCUCCUCAAGGAGUCCUGAGGAACGUCGACACCAUGGAGAUGUUUAAAGGUGUGACCGCCGCCCAGGGGUCAGUCCCCCCUCUCCUCCUCUUCUUCCAGGCCCUACUGAUCACUUCCCCCCCUGGUACCCAGCUGUCGGCUCCUCUCUCUCUGCACUGUGUCCUCUUCGCCCUGCGUCAUGGCGCCUCACAGCUCGUCACCCACGCCAUCACCCAGAACAAACUCACCUUGUCUGAGCGCCUGGGCGACAUCCUUAUCCAGCACGCUCUGGAAGACGCCAGUGUGGCCGACCUGUGUCUGGCGUUGGCCACCGUCGUCUACGAGGCCUGUGGGCUGAACAGGAAGACGGCACUAAGCAUGUGCAGGAGAGGCCUCAUCCACAGCGCCGCCAAGUUCAUGCACCACUUCAAGGACCUCACAGCUGAGGACUUUAUUUGGGUUCUGUGUCGCUCGCCCAGCCUCACCCUCCUCCAUCUGUUGACCGAGCCUCAGCACAGUGUUCAGGCGGCCAUCUUGUCAGUGGGUAGGGCGUGUUCCAGUCUGCUGGUUGACCCUCAUCAUGGGGAGUUAGCGCUGCAGCUCCUGGACAGUUUUAUCAGCCGAGAGGUUUUGGAGACUGUGAUCCUGGAGGAUAGCGACUCAUCGGUGGACGUUUGGAUCAAUGUUGCGUCUCUGUGCUCUGAGCUGAAACGACCCGACUUGAACCGAGCCAUCAUGUCCGUCCUUCUGGACCAGAGCGGGACGGGAGUCUUGUCCCCGGACCUGGAGGGAGCCCGUCUCAUGGAACACGUCUUCCUAUGA